AUGGUCGCCUAUUUUAUAAAAACACUGAUCAAUACAUUUUCCGUGAAGACAGAGGAUAUCCAACUUAUGGGUCAUAGCUUAGGCGCACACGUAUCGGGAUUUGCGGGCAAACGAUUCAAUGAAACAAAGAUCGGACUCAUCACUGCCUUAGAUCCAGCGGGACCUGGGUUCAAUUAUGUGCGACUGGCCCCUAGUGAUGCCAAUCUGGUCACGGCUGUCCAUACCAGUGCCGGAAUAACUAAAGAGAUAAAUGUCUUUAUGGGAGACAAUCUGUUAGAAUCGGUGCAGUUGUUUGGAUUCCUGGGAAACUCAGACUCAUUGGCACACUUUGACUUCUGGCCAAAUUCGGGCAACGGACAGCCCGGGUGUGAAAAAAUAUCUCAAGAAUUUCUCAAUGAAAUACUGUUAAAAGGAGGGGGCGCAUUGAAAGAGAGGGCCAGUUGUGACCACUCGAGAGCUCACGAGUUACCGACUGCUGAACAGGCGCUCCGACAGCCAGACUCGUGUCAAAUGAUUGGCUACGAGUGCGACAGUUAUCUCGAAUUCAAAGCUGGAGAAUGUUUGAGUGAACACUGUUUCGAUGAGCUAGGUUGUUUUGAGAGUCGCGACUUUGUGAUGGAAGAGAGAAAAUACUUCCCACACCUGGAGAAUACAAUUAAUGCCAUGAAAAACGACAAGUUUAAGCUGUGGAACAACCAGAUGAUGAUAUGUCCGGUCAAUCCCGAGCACUCAGACGUCGAGUUUAAGCUAUUCACGCCCGACUCCAACCAUAGCGUUGCAUUCACAUAUAGACCCGACCCAAAAGUGCUUAAAUCUACGAGCUUUUCGCCAGACAGAAAGACCCUGUUCAUUGUGCACGGAUACGUGGACGGCUAUAAGGGGUGCGAUGAUUACGGGUCCUGUCAUUGGAUGGAAAGAAUCAAAAACUAUUUCAUCGCUUAUGACUACAACGUGAUAGCCGUGGACUGGCAUAAGCCGGCCGCUUCACUCAACUACUUUUACUCAGCCUUCAACACUCGUAUCAUAGGAGCAAUGAUCGCCAAUUUCAUCAAAACACUGGUCCAAGUGUUUAGUUAUAAACCCAGUGAUAUUCAACUCAUGGGACACAGUCUGGGCGGACAGAUAAUGGGCUUUGUGGGCAAACACUUCAACGAAACAAAUAAAAAAAUAGGGUUCAUAUCUGGCUUAGACCCGGCCGGCCCUGGUUUCGACACUUAUAGCCUCGAGCACACCGACGCCGACCUCGUCAUAGCUGUCCAUACGAGCGCCGGCCUCUUAAAAGCUGUGGAUAUGUCUGAUUUAUUAAGUUUCAAUCCGUUGGAAGUCUUACAACUACAAGGGUAUACGGGUAGUGUCAGGAAUAUUGGUGAUUUUGAUUUGUGGCUUAAUGGGGGCAAUGGACAGCCAGGUUGUGAUACGACGUCCAUGAAUUUCCUUAAGCAAGCCUUUGCCGCGGGUCCUGGCGGUCUUGCCGACAAUAUGGCCUGUUCCCAUAUGAGAGCCACUGAAAUUCCAUCAGCUGAAAGAGUGCUGAGAGAGCACCGGGAUGAGAAGGACACGUGCCAGUGGGUGGCCUAUGAGUGCAGUAAUUACAUAGACUUUCUCCAUGGUCAGUGCUAUGACUGCGGCCAAGACGGUAAAAAAUGUAAACUCCUUGAGUAUAUGCCGGGCUAUUGGCUACAACCCAAAAAUUUAGUCGAUAUCAAGAAAGGCUUUCCACAGAAUCUGUAUCUACAGACCCAGGCCAUGCCUCCCUAUUGUCUCUAUCACUACAUGAUUGUGCUACAUAUGUCCGAGGUGAAAUAUGUGGGCAGAAUUAAAUUCACACUCAAUGGCAGAAAGAAAGUGGAGUUCGAGAAACCCUUUGAACUCAAAUCCAAAGACCCAAAGACAUACAACUUCUUGUAUACGGAUAGCGACCAUUUGGGACAAAUCACUGAAAUGACUAUCGAGUACCAUAAGACUAUUGUGGGCUCUUUGGUUAAGUACUUGCAGAUCCUUAGGCCCAUGACUUUCAUUCAAAGCAUGUCUGCCAACGAGAUCACUAUAUCGGCCAUUGAUGUCAUCUUCAUGAGCCAUAUCGACCAAAGUGUUCGUGACAGUUAUUCAUCACAACUGAUCCCAAACACAAAAGACAUGUCUGGAAAAGGAUUCAAUUUUAUAAUUAAUAAGGAUAAGUAAACAUAAUUUUAAUAUAAAGUUUACAACAAAUACUAUGAAAUAUUAUAAAAUAAAAUUCAUACAAGAAUAAAAUCUUUAAUAAACUCGGUAAGUUUUACACAAAAAUAAAUUCAAAAA